AUGAAAAUACACUUAAUAAAAGCAUGUAAAAAUACACCACUUCAAGUGAAAGAAGAAUUAAGUGACAAAAAGGUGCCGGUAUUAACUGCAGAAACAAAUAUUAUUCAAAGAGAUCUUUAUCAACCAUCUACUUCCCAAAGUUUAUCAUUUGUACGUGAAAGUACGCCAUUGUCACAAUCACAAAACGAUUCAAUGCCCGCAGAUUUAUCCAUGUAUGUUCCGGAUCAAACAAUAAUUCGACAAAUUGAAAAAAAAAAGUCGAAGGUUCGGGACUUAUUGCAAGGUAAGGAAAAAAUUGAUACUCUAUUAGCCAGAGCUAUUUUUACAAGCGGAAUACCACUAUCUAUUGUUGAACAUAAAUCUUGGAAACAAUUAUUCUAUACUAUUCGACCAUCUUACAAAUUGCCAAACCGAAAAACUUUAUCGACAACUUUGUUAGAAAAGGAAUUUUUAUUACAAAAAUUUAAAGUAGAAAAUAAAAUAGCCGAGUCAAAAUGUUUGAGUAUCCAAUGUGAUGGUUGGUCUAAUUUAAGACAAGAAGGGAUUAUAAAUUUUGUUAUUACUACUCCAGAGCCUUUUUUCGUGGACUUUAUUGAUACUGAUGGGAAAAGGCACACUGCUGAGUAUUUAGCUAGCCAAAUAAUUACAGUAAUAAAUAAAUAUAAUCCUAAAAAGUUUGUAGCUUUCAUUAGUGACAAUGCUAGUAAUAUUGUUAAGGCUGCUGAAAUAGUUCAAAAUAAAUUUGAACAUAUGUUAAUGUUAACAUGCGUUUGUCACACUUUAAAUUUAUUAGUUAAAGACAUAUUUAAAUGUGAUCAAUUACAAACAUUUGAUACAAAAGUCGUCUCAAUAAUAAAAACAAUAAAAUAUAGCCAGAGACUUUCACACAAAAUUCGGAAAAUUUCAAAGGAAAAAAAUAUAAAUGUAUUUGUUCAAUUGCCAGUGAAAACUCGAUGGCAGAGUCACUUGAUUUGCUAUAAAAAUUUAUUUAAACUAAAACAAGUAUUAAAAUUGGUAGCAAUUGAUGAAGAUGUAGCGAUAUUAUUUAAGGAUCACAUUUAUACUAUUUUACUGGAAUCUUUUUGGAAAAAUGUUGAUUCAAUGAUACAACUAAUAGAACCUAUCGUCAAUGCAAUUACUCUUCUUGAAGGCGACAAACCCAUUAUUCAUAAAGUUUAUCCAACGGUUAAAAAUUUAAAGUUACGAUUAAUCGAAGUUGUUGAAGAGAUAGAUUUAGAAGAUUUAAACGAUAAAAAAACCUUUUAG